UCAGGGUGCAGCAGAUUUCCAACCAAGUUAUAAUUCUUCACGUUUCACUCUUUGAAUCUUUUUCUACUUUCUUUUUUCAUCAUUAUACCUUCCUGUCUACGUGAAGGAAUAGAAUAAACCUAUGUCUGCUUUGCAAACCUUAUUUUUACUUUUUUCAUGAUAGAAUAUAAUUUUUCCCCAUUCAAAGUUCCUCUUGUCAGAUCCAAUAUCAGUGGAAAAUUCUAUAUAUUUUUCAGCAAUCUCUCUGAUCUGAUCAAGACCCACAUUCCAAAAUGCAAAUUCUCAUAUGGGUUUUUAAGGUUUUGCUUAUUUGUUCGAUUCUAGGAGCGUUUCCAUUAUCGGUAGCUCGAACAAUCACACAAGCACCAGAAGUUUGCUCAGAGGUAGAUAGAGCUGCUCUUCUUGAUUUCAAAGCCAAAAUCUUGAAGGACACUACAGAAAGUCUCUCUUCAUGGAUAGGAAGAGACUGCUGUGGAGGAGAUUGGGAAGGUGUUCAGUGUAAUCCAGCAGGAAGGGUCACUGCAUUGGCGUUGCAAAUUCCAGAAAGGGACAAUAGCCUCUACAUGAAGGGUACUUUGUCUCCUUCUCUGGGCAGUUUGCAAUUCUUGGAGGUGUUGGUGAUAAGUGGAAUGAAGCUUAUUACUGGUCCAAUCCCUGAGAACUUUUCCAAUCUAACCCUUCUCACACAGUUGGUCCUAGAAGACAACUCCCUUCAAGGGAACAUUCCUUCUGGUUUAGGUCGUUUAUCCUUUCUCCAAACUCUUUCAUUGGCGGGUAACCAUUUCAGGGGGGCAGUUCCUCCAAGCUUAGGAAAUUUGAGAAACCUUGUCCUGAUAAAUUUAGGAAGAAAUUCCUUGACAGGUCCAAUCCCUUCUACAUUCAAAAGUCUUCUUCAUUUGCAGUCUUUUGAUCUCAGCUUCAAUUUAUUUUCUGGUAUUAUCCCUGAAUUUCUAGGACAGUUUCGUAAUAUUACCUUUAUUGACCUCUCCAGUAACCAAUUAUCUGGGCACCUACCCCUUUCCAUGUUCAACUUGGUCAGUCUGUCGGACCUGUCAUUGAGCAACAACCAGCUCACAGGAAUUAUCCCAGACCAGAUUGGAAACCUUAAAUCUCUCACUAGUCUUUCACUGAGUAGCAACAAGUUUAUAGGUCAUAUUCCAGUAUCUAUUUCAAGAUUACAGAACCUUUGGUCCCUUAAUUUAUCUAGAAAUGGGUUCUCAGAUCCUUUACCAGUUAUUUCUAGCAGGGGCAUUCCUUCACUUUUGUCAAUAGACCUGUCCUUCAACAACCUCAGUUUGGGGACGGUUCCUAACUGGAUCAAGGAUAGACAGCUUUCAGAUGUAAAUCUAGCUGGCUGUAAACUGAGAGGAACCCUACCAAAGUUUACAAGACCUGAUUCACUGAGCUCCAUAGACCUGUCCAAUAACUUCCUCACAGGGAGCAUAUCCACUUUCUUCACAAAUAUGACAAGCCUACAGAAGCUGAAGCUUUCAAAUAACCAACUCAAGUUUGAUCUUUCAGAACUCAGAUUGCCAGAUGGUAUUUCCUCCAUUCAUCUCCAUUCAAAUCAGAUAGUAGGGUCUCUCUCAAGCAUUUUAAAUAACAGAACAAGCAGCUUUUUGGAGGUUAUUGAUGUAUCAAAUAACCUCAUUUCUCGCACGAUACCAGAAUUUACUGAAGGCUUGAGUUUGAAGGUGCUGAAUAUAGGAAGCAACAGGAUUGCAGGCCAGGUCCCCAGUUCAAUCUCAAAUCUCAUUGAACUUGAAAGGCUGGAUAUUUCAAGGAACCAGAUAUCUGGCACCAUUCCCACAAGUUUAGGGCAAUUGAUGAAACUUCAAUGGCUUGACCUUUCCAUCAACAGGCUCAGUGGAAAAAUCCCAACUAGCUUAUUGGGUAUUAAGGCUAUGAGGCAUGUAAACUUCAGGGCAAACAGACUAUGUGGAGAGAUCCCACAAGGGCGACCUUAUAACAUCUUCCCUGCUUCAGCUUAUGCUCAUAAUCUCUGCCUAUGUGGCAAGCCCUUGCCUCCUUGUAGGGGAAAGAAAGAUGAGAUGGGCCAGUGAAAUGCUGACUCAAUUUGCCCAAAGUAGAUACAUUCAUGACCUAUUGAGCAUUGCCCCAUGCGAGAAAGAGAUAGGUCAUGUUUUUACAGUGGUAGUUCAUUUUUCUUUUACAUUUUCCAUCAAUAAUUACGAUUAUGGGAAAAGAAAACAUUGUUUCAAUAUACAGCACUGAUGCACAUUUUAAGUUUUACUCU